AUGAAAUCAGUCGCCCUGGCCCGCAAUGCGGUGCCAGUCCAGAGGAUGGCAGCCUUCCGUCGCCGCACCCCAGGAAGCCUAGGCCUUUAUUCCUCAGUGACUUUACGUUACCGUCGUUCCCUCCCUCAAGAUAUCCAAUCCCUUGCCAUCCUCCUCCUGUUGCAGCAGCGUACCUAUGCCACAGAGCCCUCCACCUCCUCGAGGCCCAUAGAGGAAUCAUCGUUCCCCCCUCUGGGAUUCAAUGCGGAGUUGGCAAAGAAACCACUUCCUACCACAAACACUGCGCUGAAAACCCCGACAGCGAGAGCAUCGGGGGAAAAAACCUCAGGUCAACUUAACUCACAGGUGGAAGCGACAGCCAUAAGUAACUCUAUUGCUGAAGCGGCGGUUGCGGAAGGAAAGUAUAUAAACGCGCUUGAAGUGGAAGCGGUGGAGAAAAAGGCUAUGGAGGAGAAGAAGGAAACCAAGAAACUUACGCUGGGCCAGAAGAUCAAGAAGGAAGCUCAGCAUUAUUGGGAUGGAACGAAGUUGUUGGCUACGGAAGUCCGGAUUAGUACAAAAUUGGCGUUGAAAAUGGCUGCUGGCUAUGAGCUUAGCCGCAGAGAAUAUCGACAGCUACAACGUACUGUUAAAGACUUAGCUCGAUUGGUGCCAUUCUCUGUCUUUGUUAUCGUCCCUUUUGCCGAAUUACUUCUGCCCGUCGCUCUCAAGCUCUUCCCAAACCUUCUUCCCAGCACCUAUGAAGCCCAAAAGUCGAAGGAGGCGAAGGCCGCAAUUCUUCGGGCUACACGGAAGGAAAUGGGAUCGUUCCUUCAGAACACACUCAAGGAAACCGGUCUUCCCGUCAACGCUACAAACGCGAAAAAAGAAGAUUUUGCCCAAUUUUUCAGAAAGGUUCGAGCUACUGGCGAGUCACCUUCUGAUGAAGACGUCAUCAAGGUCUGCCAAACCUUCAAGGAUGACCUUACUUUGGAUAACUUGUCACGGCCCCAACUAGUGGCAAUGUGCAAGUACAUAAAUCUCAAUACCUUUGGCACAGACGCAAUGCUCCGGUACAAUGUGCGUCACCGGAUGCGUCAAAUCAAGCGGGAUGACAAAGCCAUCUCAUAUGAAGGCGUCGAGUCGCUCUCUGUCCCCGAACUCCAGAUGGCCUGUGCCUCGCGUGGGUUACGCACACAUGGCAUAUCCCCAGGCCGCCUGCGGGACGAUCUUUCUAUGUGGCUAAACCUGCGCCUUAACAAACGCGUGCCAUCGACCCUUCUUGUUCUCAGCAACGCAUAUUUGUACACUCAAAAAUCCCAGGAAUACGAAAUCUCCUCCCAGAUUGAUGCGCUGCGUUCCGUCCUGUCUAGUAUCCCCGAAGAGCUUUUCCAUGAGAUCGAGCUUGAGGUGCAUAAUGCUGAAGGCGCCGCAACCAACAAGCAGCGUCUUGAGGUCAUCAAGGAGCAGCAAGAGCUUAUUGAGGAGGAAAACGAACAAAAUACUGAACGUGCGGAAGCUGGUGUUUCUGCUCCUAAGGAUCAUGAGGAUAUCGAUGACAAGGAGGACAAGAACAUGGAAGCAGCUGCUCCUGUCCAGAAAUCACAGGCUUCUGAGGCUAAAGAGUCCAAAGCCGACGCUGCGAAGCAGCUGAAAAAGAAGUAA